AUUAUUUUCUAGAAAUAAAUAAGAAAUUGCUAAUACAUAUUAAAUAUACAAGAUGUCAGAGGUUAAUGGAAUAAAUUACAUCAUAACUAAUAACGUCAAUUCAUCACAAAAAGUAUCACAAAAAUCAAAACUUGGCUUAUAUCUUAUAGGUACAACAGGAGGCAUUGCAACAGCUAUUAGUGUAAUAUGUUUUCCAUUUAUCAGUCCUGCACUUCGUAAAAUAUGUUUGCCUUUUGUACCAGCAACGUCUCAACAGAUACAAAAUGUAUUAAAAGCUUUAGAAGGACGUUCUGGUUCUUUGAUUGAUCUUGGCAGUGGAGAUGGACGAAUAGUUUUUGCAACAGCUAAAGCAGGUUUUAAAGCUUAUGGAAUUGAAUUAAACCUUUGGUUAAUAUGGUACUCUAGAUUAAAAGCUUUAAUCACAAGAUCAUCUUUACAAACAACAUUUAUCAAACAAAAUUUAUGGAAACACAAUUUAAAAAGAUAUAAUAAUAUUGUUUUAUUUGGUGUCGAUCAAAUGAUGAAAGAUAUUGAAACAAAAUUUAUUAAUGAAUUGCAAGAAGAUUGUAUUAUAAUUGCUUGUAGAUUUCCACUUCCUACUAUGACUGAAAUUAAGAUUAUUGGUGAAGGUACCAGUAAUGGACAUUGACCUUUCGGAUGUCUGUUACCCAGGCAACCGACAGAGCGCUAACCCCUUCUAAUGUGAAUAUACCAUACAGUCGUUACAACCACCCGAUGGUUGUCGAAAUAUAAACGACAUAAUUACGUUCGUUUGAUACUUACAUUCAUUUUCAUUUUUUAAAAACAUGUAUCUGUGAAUCUUUUGCAUUUUUUUUUCUUUAAAAUGAAAAGAAACAAUUUUUACACUAACUAUGUAUAAUUUAAAAUUUCUUUGUUUCAUAUUAUUUAUGCUUUAAAUAUGUGCUUUUUAAGAUGUGAAAACAAAUGAUAGUAUAUUCAAUUUUUUAAACGAUAAUUGAAAUAUUGUAUGAUUAAUAGUGAAAUUUAAUAUUAUGG